AUGAGUUCCGACGGUAAAUUUUUCACUAAGGUUAAAAAUGCCUUCAAGUCUGACAAGAAGGACACCGAAUCCUCACCAAAUUCCAGUAGCAAAACUAGCGCUCCAAGUGCAUCAGCUUCAAAAUCACACCAAAAAGUAAUUGAUGAAGCUUAUAGUGAAGGUCGUAAGUUUUUCCAUUUGAAACACUCAAGCAGCAAAGGCAAUAUAGGUUCAAGCUCAGGGUCUGCAUCAGGAUCUGGAUCGAGUGUCGAACAGGGUGGUAAGCAUUCAAAGGAUCAGCAUCAUGAUAUACUUAGACAGGCCUACAAAGAGGGUCAAAAAUUGUUUCACUAUCAUGCCAAACAUGGUGUUUCUAGCUCAACUUCACAAAAACAAGGAACAUCGCCAUCUACGUAUGCUGGUGCCGGUGUCGGUGCUGCUGCAGGUGCAGGUGCAGGUGCUGUUGGUGCUUCUACUGGUUCUGGUUCUCCAAAAACACCUUCCACUCCACGUGAAAAUAAAAGCACGACUUCUAGUGUUGCUUCUGGUUUAUCCCAUGACAGGGAAGUCAUUGCUGAGUCAUCUAUCGGUCGGGUAGUCACCUCUCCUCCAAGACGCUCCAGAGAACCCCUUGAACACACAAUUCCUGGAGACUUUGCUAACGAAAAGAGACCAACCGACUCUACUGUAGUUGUCGGUGGUGGUGCUGCUGCUGCCGGUAGUGGCAAUGCUGCAUCAGGUGCUCAAUCAACCAAUGCCAGCGUUGACGCACCAAGAUACACUGAUGGUGCUGAAACAGUUAAAGGGUCUGGUAAAUACUUUGAUCCAAAGGAUACCCAGGGGGGUGUACUUGGUGCUACUAAGACGGAUAAAGAUGCUGAUGCCUACAAUGAACGAACCAAGGCCGAGUAUCAUGACUUGUCGAACUUGAAAACUAAACCUAGCUAUCCUGAAGGUACUGUUGAAAAAGGUGGAGAUCUCGAGACCGUUAAAAACUUGGCAUAUGAGGAAGGUAAAAAGAAAGGCAAAUUGGACGGUGAUAAUGGUGCAUUUGGAACUUCAAAUCAAUCGUCUACGAAUUUCAGUUCAAAUUCUAACCCAGUCGAAGAAAAAGAAAUCCAUCAAAAAAACAAAUCAGCUUAUAAUCCAGGUGGUGUUUCUGCUGUGUUUGAGGAAAACACGACUGGUCCGCAAGCUACCAAGUCAAAUGCUAAAUCAGGCUCUUCUGGUAAUACAGCUGCUGGUGUCGCAAGUGGUGCUGCUGCUGGUGCAGGAUUAGCCGGUGUUGCCGCUAGUAGUGGCAAUGCUAAACAAUCAUCAAACGACAAGUCAUCAUCAAAAGGUGUCUAUGACAUUUCUGAUGCACAAGGAAAAGAUAUUCCAAGAAACGAAAUUGAUCACUCAAGCUAUAAAAACACCAGUUCCGGAUUGGGAUCCGAGAAUCUUGCUGCUGGUUCUGCCGCCACAUCUAGCCAAAUUCCUGCUUCUUCGAAUAAUGAAAAACAAUCUUUAAGUGACCUUGAGAAAAAAAUUAGCGAAACUGAUGCUAGAAUUAGACAAUUGAAGCAAGAUCCUAGCAAUGCCUCCACUUAUGCUGUUCAUGACGAACCAAUUGCAGCUCCAGAGUUGAAGGAUAUUGAUGACGGACACAAUCAAGUUAGCUAUACUGAUACCAGAAAUGCUACAACUGCAACCAAAGUCGACAAUUCUUCGCCCGAGGGUGUUAAUAGUGGUGGUAGUGCAGGUAUUGCUGCCGGUGCUACUAGUGCUUUAGGUGCAGCUGCCGCUUAUUUGGGUCUUUCCAAAGGUAACAAAGAUACUGAACCAAGUGAUACAGCUUACAGUGGUGCUUUCAAGGAAAACCAAACAUCAACAUUAUCUGAGAAUGCACCAACAAGAGAAGUACCAGCCUCUUCCUACAAUGAAGGCCAAUUGAAAGGAUUGAAAGACGAGUUGUAUCAGGCAGGUUAUAAUCAAGGCAAAGACAUUUAUGCUGGUAUUGAUAAGAAUUCAACUAAACAUCGUGAUGCUUUGAUUGCAAGCAAUUCAGAUGGUAAAGGUGAUAACGUGAAUAGAUCGUUAGAUCCAAGCUCAACUUCUUCAAGCGGUUCAAGUAGACCAGAGAACUCCAAAGAACAAGCAGAAGCAAUUGCUGCUGCUGCUGCUGGUGGUUUCGGUGCUGUUGGAUACGGUUCGAGUACUUCAAAAGGAGCAAAUGCUACAACUGGUAAUGCUAACUUGGCUAGUGAAAGUGGAAAAACCGGUUACCAUGACGGAAGCAAAAAUGAUUUAUCAAAAGAAGCAUACCAAGCUGGUAAAGCCAAAGCUAACGCCGAAAAGAAUGCUACAGCAAGUCAUGUUCCUAGAACCGAGGCUUACGAAGCUGGUAAGGAUAAAGCUAAAACUGAUAAAAAUGCUAUAGCUGGUGCUGUCCCAACUGGCGAAGCAUAUCAAGCAGGCAAAGCUAAAGGUUAUAAUGAAAAAGAUUCAUCUACUAGUGCCGUUCCAAGAGCAGAGGCAUAUCAAGCCGGUAAAACCCAAGGUUAUGAAGAUAAAGAUAUUUCUGCAAGUACUGUUCCAAGAGAACAAGCAUAUCAAGCUGGUAAGAAUAAAGCUGAAACAGAAAGGGAUUCCUCGACAUUGAAGCAAUCAGGUGAUACCCUGGCUAGUACUGACUCUGAAACUUCAUCUCCUAGUAAGGGUUAUUUGGCUGCUGCAGGUGCAGCUAUUGGUGGUGCCGUUGGUUAUGCUUUUGGUGGAAAAGGAUCGAAAGAGAAUGAUGUUGAUGAUUCAUUAAUUGAAGAUGCCGAGAAGGUAGAUCCGACAAUUUCUAAGUUGCCACAACAUAAAGUUGAUGAUAAGGAAUUGAAGAAAGAAACCACUCUUAGUCGUGAUGCCACAUUUGACGAGAAGGAAUUAGUUGCCUCCAACGAUAGAAAAAUUUGGGAGAAAGAUGUAGAAGACUAUAAUAAACAACAUGGUUUUGUUGGUAAUAAAGAGUCAUUAAUUCAAGAAGCCGAGGACAAGGAUCCAAGUAUCUCCAAAUUGCCAGCACAUAAAGUUUACAAAGAUCAGUUGAGAAAAGAUACAACACUUGGACGUGAUGCAACUUUUGAUGAAAAAGAGUUGGUUGCUGCAAAUGACAGAAAGAUCUGGGAGAAAGAUGCCGCAGACUAUGAUAAAAAACAUGGGUUCAGCUCCAAUUCACAUAAAUCAUCCUAUACAGUUGAUGCUCCAAAAUUGAACGCUUUGAAUGAUGAUGAAGAGUAUGAAGAUUCAAAUCAUGAAAAGGGCUAUUUGGCUGCUGCAGGUGCAGCUAUUGGUGGUGCCGUUGGCUAUGCUUUUGGUGGAAAAGGACCGAAAGAGAAUGAUGUUGAUGAUUCAUUAAUUGAAGAUGCCGAGAAGGUAGAUCCAACAAUUUCAAAAUUGCCACAACACAAAGUUGAUGAUAAGGAAUUAAAAAGAGAAACCACUCUUAGUCGUGAUGCUACAUUUGACGAGAAGGAAUUAGUUGCCUCCAAUGACAGAAAGAUCUGGGAAAAGGAUGCAGAUAACUAUAACAAACAACAUGGCUUUGUCAGUGGCAAUUCUAAGACACCGUCUCAUGAUAGUAGUUUGAAUGCAACAAACAGAUCUGCUACUUCUACUGAAUCAAAUUAUGACAGUGGAAAACCAUAUUCUUCAAGUGCCGAAAAACAGUCCCAAGGUUCGGAUUCUUCUGAAAAGGGCUAUUUGGCAGCUGCCGGUGCAGCUAUUGGUGGUGCUGUUGGUUACGCUUUUGGUGGCAAAGGUUCUUCCAAAGAAAACGAGGUGGAUGAUUCAUUGAUUGAAGACGCAGAAAAGGUUGACCCUGCUAUUUCAAAAUUGCCACCACACAAAGUUGAUAAAGACCAGUUGAAGAAAGAAACCACUCUUAGUCACGAUGCGACAUUUGAUGACAAGGAAUUAGUUGCUUCUAAUGACAGAAAAAUUUGGGAGAAAGAAACUGAUGAUUAUAACAAAAAACAUGGUUUCACCAAUCAAACAGAUUCUUUAAUUCAAGAAGCUGCAGAAGUUGAUCCAUCGAUUACUCAGUUGCCUGCGCACAAACUUAAGAACCAAGAAGGUAAGGAAAUGAAACCUAAAGUUGCUGAGGCUAACCCAGAAGAGGUGGAUACUUCCGCCAUUCAGAAUUUUAGAAAAUUGGAAGACGAUGUUAGUACUUAUAAUAAGAAACACGGGCACAUUGGUCCUCAGGAAUCCUUACUUGCUGUAGCUGAAGAAGCAGACCCUAAAAUUCUGAAAUUACCAACUCAUAAAGGUGACUUCAAUGAGACGAAGCUGGUAGAUCCAGUUGGUGUUGCUGAACCAGGUGGAGUUCAGAAAUUGCCAGCUAACCAUCCAACUGCGAGGCAUCGCGAAGUGAGUGAGAAUAUCAAGUCAGACAAAACAGUAGAUGCUGGCACUAUCCAAGAUAGCAACAAGAAACAUGAUCAUCACACCUCCACUGCUGUUGGUACAGGUGCUGCCUUAGGUGCUGGUGCUGGUGCUGGCUUGGCGGCCGGAAGUUCUGCACAUUCUCACGCCGCUGAACAGGAACCAACUCACAAGUCACAAUUGGAUCCUGAAUUCAAGAAGGAUUUAUAUUCUCAAGGUUACACGAAGGGUAGAUCGAGUCAUUCAUCUGGUCCAUCUUCCACUGCUGCUGGUACUGGUGCUGGUUUGGCAGCUGGAAGCUCUGCUCAUUCUCACUUUGCUGAACAGGAACCAACUCACAAGUCACAAUUGGACUCUGAUUUAAAGAAAGAUUUGUACUCUCAAGGUUACACGAAAGGUAAAUCAAGUCAUUCAUCUGUUCCGUCUUCUGCUUCUGAUUCUCAUAAUCAUCAUAGAACUGUUUCUGGUACUUCUUACAAUGCAACUAAACCAAUUAAUGAAGGUGAAUUGCCUGAACCUGAUCUUCAAGAUGAUGUUAGUGGGCAUGAUAGUAGAAAGUCGGGUGCUGGAAUUGGUGCUGCUGCUUUGGCAGGUGGAGCCAUCGGUGGAGGUGCUGCUGCAUUAGCAACAUCGAGUAAACAUUUGGAUAAUAAUUUAAAAUCAGAAUUGUAUGAAGCUGGAAGAUCCAAAGGGUUAGCUGGUUCAUCUCAAACAGGCCAUGCUGAUUCUACAUUAGACCCAAAGUUGCAGACAACUGCUUAUGAUGCCGGUCAAGCCAAGGGGUUGAAUACAACUGGAUCAACUAAUCUGGGUUUGCAUCCAACCUUGAAGGAACAAUUAUAUAAUGAAGGCUAUACUAGUGCUACAACUGGGCAUCCUUAUUUAGGUAAACAGGAUGCAAAACAAGAUGUUGGUGCCACCAGAGAAAUUUCAUCACUUGAUCCCGCACAAAACCACAAGCUGUAUGAACCUAGCCAUAAUCAAGGGUAUUCUGACAGUGCGGUUCAAGGGAAUUAUUCCACUGCUAACCCUUCAAAAUCUGAAGUACUUGACUCCAAGUUGAAACAAGACAUUUAUGAACAUGGGUAUGCCAAAGGUAGUACUGAGGCCAAACAAGAGAAACAAAAAGCUUCACCAUAUGGUCAUCCAACAGGGUCUAGUAACAGAGAGGCAGCUGUGGUUGGAGGUGCUGGUUUGGCUGGUUUGGCAGCAGGUGCAGCAGGCACAUUUGGUCACCAUAAAGAGUCACCAAAGUAUCAACAACAGGACAAGAACAUUGAAUCUGUUGAAGAGGUUUCUGCAGCAGAAAGUCGUACUAGUAACAAAGACGAUUUAGUGGUAGAAGUUAUUGGUAUUGAGGAUAGAGAAGAAGCAUUGAAUACUGCCAAGAAGGCUUCCAAGAAAUUAGACGCAAAGGGUGUUGAUUUGACCACUGGAAAAUUGGUGAUUAAUGCAAACACUAAGGAAAUCUACAAAGCUGAAGAACCAGAGGGGUUAACCAAUCAAUCAGCUAGUAAAGAUAUUCCAUCUAGUGGCUUGAGUCAAAAUACUUCUGUGGGCUCCCGUGCUCCUUCAUCCCAACCUGCUGCUGAUUCUACUCACAGCUCUAGCCCAUCCUCGAUAUCAGGAAAAGUUGAUACGUAUCAACAAACUGAAGCUGCCAAGAAGAGAUUAGCUGAAGCUGCUAGAAAGAAUGUUACCUCGACUCAAAAACAUAGCAAUUCAGGUUUAACUGGUAGUGAAGCUACUGCUUUAGGUGCUGGUGUGGCUGGCACUGCUGGCAUUGCUAGUGUUGCUGGUCACAAUAGUCAUAAAUCUACUGAUGUCAAUCAUAUUCCUUCUCAUGCUACUGUGCUGAAAGAAAUCGACCCACCUAAUACACACAAACAUGGUUAUGAAGGUGAUGGCGGUAUUUCAAGUCAACCACCAGUGAAAAAGCAGGACACUGAAACAUCGACAAGUGAUGAUGAGAUAUUUGUUAAUGUGAAGGGUACCAAAGAUAAUGUCCUUGCUACAAAAAUAGCAAGAACAGCUGUUGCAAGAUUACAAAAAACACAUGCUUCAGUUGUUGCCAAAGUCAAGGAAUUACAAGUAGAUGCGACUAGUGGCAUUGUUAGAAAUGAGAAUGGUCAAGAAAUUGCUCAGUACCCAGAUUUAGCUGUUGAAAAGAAUAAAAGUGGAACUGAAUCAGUUGGUCAAGGAGCUAAAUCUUUAGAAUCACCAAAACAUAAAGAUGCCAUUAGUCACGGACACAGCAGUAAAGACCAUAUAAAGGAUCGUGACACCCAUUCAACUGGUGCAGCUGUUACUGGAGGAGUUGCUGGUACUGCCGCCGCUGCAGCUGCCGCCGCUGCUACUGCACAUGGAAAGUCUAGAAAUGAACCUACCGCUAGCACACAUGGUCAAAGCAGCUCACGUGCUAUAUCUGAUGCAGGAACUGGACACCAAGACGAAAAGAAUGUUGCUAAUACUCCUCAACAUCAUUACGGUAAUCAAAAUGUUGGAUCUAAUAGUUAUUCACCAGAUACUUAUGGUUCUGCUAUUGGUACACUGGGUGUUCAAGAAAAAACUGCACCUGCAGUAACUGGAAUACACUCUAAAGGUAUUGGUGCUGCCGCUUAUCCAGAACUGACAAAUGCUGGUAAUACCGGUUUAGCUAAAGGUACUGCUCCUGCUUCUGCCUCUGCUACUUACGGAGAGAGUCCUUCAGCUGAUUACUCCAAGUCUGGUGCAACUGGUGUUGUUCCAGCUACUUAUUUAAAUACUUCAGGUGCUCCAACUGGAUCAUUAAACACUGCAGGUGUUGUUGGUGGAGCUGGUUUUGGUGAUAAUUCAAACACUUCUUCUUAUCAUCAAACUGGUAGAGAGAGAGAAUAUGAAGCUCCAAGUUUGCAAUCUGAAUCAGGUUUGCACACCACUCAAGCUAACAAAGGGUCUCCAUUAGGUGGAUUAGCUCUGGGAGAAACUAACAUCAGAGGUACUAAUUUUGCUAGUAAAGAUUCAAACUAUUCUUUGAGUGGAAGUGGAGCACAGAGCCAGCAUGGCCAAGCUGUUGGAAACUCAGAGAUUCCAAAGUCUAUUGGUACCACUAAUGUGGGCAAUACUAAUAGAUACUCGGUGGAUAAUAAGAAUUUAUCUGGUAGAUCAACUACUGGUGCUGGUGCAGGUAAUACUAUUGCUGGUGAUGCAGAUGACGCGGAUUCUUCUUUCUUCUCAGUUGCCGAAACAAGCACUUACUCGAUGCCAGGUUCAUGGAACUAA